AACCGGUUUGAGCGCAGCCGCUUUCUGCAGCCAGGCGACACCUAGGGCCACCUUGGGGAGCGCUGGCGAGGCGCGGACGCCCGGAGCCUGGCAGCUCGGCCCGCGGCACUGGACCUGGCAGCACAACAUCCUCAAAUAAAUCCAUCAGAAUGACACCUUCUCAGGUUACCUUUGAAAUAAGAGGAACUCUGUUUCCAGGAGAAGCUUUUGCUAUAUGUGGAAGCUGUGAUGCUUUGGGAAACUGGAAUCCUCAAAAUGCUGUGGCUCUCCUUCCAGAGAAUGAGACAGAUGAAAGCGUGUUUUGGAAAGCAAUCAUUGUACUCAGUAGAGGAGAAUCAGUUCAGUAUCGCUACUUCAAAGGGUGCUUUUUAGAACCAAAGACUAUCGGUGGUCCAUGUCAAGUCAUAGUUCACAAGUGGGAGACUCAUCUACAACCACGAUCAAUAACCCCUUUAGAAAGUGAAAUUAUUAUUGACGAUGGACAAUUUGGAAUCCACAAUGGUGUUGAGAAUUUGGAUUCGGGAUUGCUGACAUGUCAGACUGAAAUAAGAUUACGUUUGCAUUAUUCUGAAAAGCCUCCUGUCUCUAUAAUCAAGAAGAAAUUUAAAAAAUCUAGAUUUAGAGUGAAGCUGACACUAGAAGGUCUGGAGGAAGAUGAUGAUGAUAGGGUAUCUCCCACUGUUCUUCACAAAAUGUCCAAUACACUGGAGAUAUCCUCGAUAAGCGCCACUGAGUUCAAGUGCAAGCAUUCACAGCCGGAUUGUGGGUGUGGCUUAUAGCCUGAUCGUUGGACAGAAUAUAGCAUACAGACAAUAGAACCAGAUAAUUUGGAACUAAUAUUUGAUUUUUUGGAGGAAGAUCUCGGUGAACAUGUAGUUCAGUGUGAUACUCUUCCUGGACAUGUGGGUACAGCAUGCUUCUUAUCAUCUACCAUUGAUGAGAGUGGGAAAAGUGCUGGAGUCCUCACUCUUCCUAUCAUGAGCAGAAAUUCCAGACAAACUAUAGGCAAAGUAAGAGUUGACUAUAUAAUUAUUAAGCCAUUACCGGGAUACAGUUGUGACAUGAAAUCUUCAUUUUCCAAGUAUUGGAAGCCAAGAACACCAUUGGAUGUUGGACAUCGAGGUGCGGGGAAUUCUACAACAACUGCUAAGCUUGCUAAAGUUCAAGAAAAUACUAUUGCUUCUUUAAGAAAUGCUGCUAGUCAUGGUGCAGCCUUUGUGGAAUUUGAUGUACAUCUUUCAAAAGAUUUUGUGCCUGUGGUGUAUCAUGACCUCACCUGUUGUUUGACUAUGAAAAAGAAAUUUGAGCCUGAUCCGGUUGAAUUAUUUGAGAUUCCAGUAAAGGAAUUAACAUUUGAC